UAUGAAGCAGAACAUCCUCAAUUUCCAGAUGUUCCUGAAUCAAAACAAGAAUCUGUGUCUUUGGAAGCAGGAAUAUUGCAGCCAUUAGACAUGGAACAAUUUAAUUCUGCCCCUGCAGCUGAUACUGUUGACCAACAGCUGCUUCCCAUAGUCGAGGAAGCCCCCUCUCCAGAACCACCUGACCCAAAAACAUGUUCUCCACGAGAAUACUUAGAGUUCUACAUAUUUCCAGUACUCUUACCUGGACUGACUGAACUUCUGCAUGAAGCAGAGAAAGAAAAAUGUUUUGAGGGAAGAAGAACCAAAUUUAUUGCCUCUGAUUUCCUAACUGAGUGGUUAUACAACAUGAACCCAAAGAGGAAAGAUGAACCAUUCACAGAAUUCUUUAGCAUUCCUUUUGUUAAGGACUGGCUUAAGGACCAUCCUAGGCCACCAAUUCCUCUAUCUCUGCUUCUAUCAGAAGAAGAAGCAAGCAUAAUAAUUCAGUCCUUCUGGAGAGGUUAUCGGGUCCGGUGUGACAGUGAAAUACAAGAGCUACGUCAGUGGCAAAAGAAGUGGAGAGAGGAGAAACACAUUAAUAAAGUAGUGAAACAAUUCUGGACUAAGCAGGAAACCAAAGUGGGAAGCACCUUGGAAGACUUGGAAGAACACACCCCAGAUUAUUCAAUAUGUCAACUUUAGUUUCCUCACUAAUAUUGCAAAACACAAAGCUCAUGGACUAUAAACUAUUUGAUACUGAUUUAGAAACUCUUUCAGCAUUGUAGUUUUACUUUUACAUGUGAGGUAUUGUAAAUCAAAGGGAGAUUAUAUAAGGAUCUAGCAUGCCAAGACAAAAUUCAGUCCUAGUCUAAGUGAACACAAUUCCGUUAAAACAGAUGGUAUUGUGCACAUUUAGCCAAAAAUGUUCAGUCUGUGUUUAUCUUGUUUUCCUGAAUGCUCACUUAGGCAAGUGUUAAAGCUAAGGCAAAAAUCUUCAUUUGGCAUAAACUGGACUUCACUGACUCGUGCAGAGCUGUGACAGUUCACACAAAUCCAGGCCCUGUUCAGAACAAUUUGCUGAAGCACUGUGCCCCUGCAAUUCCAAUGGAAGGCAAUGAGAGCUGGGCUUGCUCUGCAUUUCUGCAGGGGAAAAACAUUCAAAGGCCCUUUUGUUACCACUUAGCACAUGUGCUGAGAAAGGGUAGAAUUAAGAUCCCAGUGGUGGCAUUUUCACAAAUCUUAUGUAUGGUACUUACCUGUGUUAGGUCCAGUAAAACUCAGAUUGGGCCCUCUGCUAAGGAGCCUUCAUUUUUUUAACUUAGUCCUGUUGAGCAUAGUCUUAUUUAAGCCUUUAUAAUUUCACAAUUAGAGAAGAUAUUUGCAGUUCUGCUACUAAUUCCAUAUAAGUCAAAGAUCUAGUUGUUUCAAACAAAGACAUGAUAAAACACGGAUAAGAGCACUUGCUGUGGCUCCACAUGGAUUUCUUCCAUCACUUACACAGACUUUGUCUUCACUGUUAUACCAGUACCCACCCCUCGAUUUUUUUCCUGGGUGGUGAUAGUUGUUGCACCAGAUCUGGAAAAUCAAACCAUUUGAAGAAAAAGCCUUCUUCAACCCCAGCUGUAUGAUCCUAUCCCUUCCUUUUCCCAAGCAUGAGCAAUUGAGCCAGGACAGGAAACUGCUGAGCCAACUGGAAAAAAAAAAAUCACUAGUCUGUUAAGAGUUUGGCUGCUCAUCUCUUUGACUGGCUCACUGUGGGUUUGAUAGGUGCCAGAGCUAAGGGUAAGCAUGGGAAUGUGGCCAAAGGUGGAGGAAUGUGGCCUCUAGAAGCCUGUUUCCUUCAGUUUAACUUAGCUUACACUUACAGUGCUGUCUGUAACACCGUUAGUUCACUGUAAUGGAAAAAACUUCAGGUGGAUUUUAACAGCAAGGUAACACAAACAUUGUAAGUAAAUAGUAAAGCCUUUAUUCUCGUUAAGAACAGCAUUUUGAAAAUAAAACAUUUGCCCAUGCUUUA